UUUUAUCCUAAAUUAAUUAAAAAUGACGAAUAAACGAAAGUUUAACCCAAAGGCUACUCAGCCGCAAAAACACGCACCAGUGGAAGUUAUCGUAGAAGAUGUUACUAACCAUCCAUUGUGUCUACACGGCCCCACACUGUUGUUUUCGUCGGAGAAGGGCCGAUUUUUCGCGUGCGCCUCAUGCAGGGACAAGAAAGAGUGUACGGUUCAUAUCGAGGAAGACGAGUGGAAGAAGGAAGGCGUCCGAAAACGUAAUGAGAAAUAUUACAACUUGAUUCCUAAGAUUGAUAAAGCGGCGGCUUGGAGUAACUUGAAUGAGGUAAAAUCCCGCCAUCCUUCAGACAGAGCGUACUGCGACACAUGCAAAGAGCUGUACCUACUGUCCCAAAGCAAGAAGCACUCGAACCAUCGACUCAUCACCCCGUUGACGGAUGAACAGUUGCUGAACCCUUCGAGUUGGCUGCCGGCUCUUGAGAAUGAUACGGUGGAGGCCCAGUAUAUAUUUACGAAGAAGUCGGUCAGCUGCGUGCUGGGGAUAUUGAGGAAUAAUAAUAUCAAAAACAUCCUCUGUAUCGGCACUCCCUCUAUCCACGAGGCAGCCCAAGCCCACCCGGACUUCAACUCGCUUUUGCUCGACUACGACACUCGGCAGAGACUCUUCCACGCCCCCAACAAGUACCUCUGGUACAACAUGUUCAACAACUACCUCUUCAACGGGAAUGACGAUGAGAAAGUACUUAAGAAGUUCUUUAGGAAUUCCAAAGAUGGCGGCCUAUGCAUAGUAAUGGACCCGCCCUUCGGCGGUCGCGUCGAGCCGCUCACGCACACACUGAAAGAGCUGUCGGCCACAUACAGCGAACUGUGCGAUAAAGAGUCCACCGUGCCAGUCAUCUGGGCCUUCCCGUAUUUCUCGGAGCCCUAUAUAAGGAACAUUAUGCCGGAGAUGAAAAUGCAUGAUUUUCAGGUGGAAUACGAAAACCACAAGAAAUUCAAAAACAAAGGCAAGAAGCUCGGCUCGCCGGUCCGUUUCUUCACCAACCUGCCUCUAAACACCAUCGACAUGUCCAACGACUCCAACUACAAGCUGUGCGGCAAGUGCAAGUACUGGGUGCUGGCCAGCAACAACCAUUGCCACAAGUGCGGGGAGUGUACCAGCAAGAACGGCAUGAGAUAUAAACAUUGCCACAAAUGCCAGAGGUGUGUGAAGCCCACACACUCUCACUGCGAGACAUGCGGACGCUGCUGCCUCGAGAAACAUGUCUGCGGUCUAAUUGUGGAGUCACAGUCGUGUUACAACUGUCAAGACAAGGGUCACAAGAAAUCCGCGUGUCCUCUGCUCAAAGAGGGACCUCAAAAGAAAAAGAGGAAAAACGCUUGAAGGCAUUUCAGCAGGCAACAUUUGUAAGGCAUCAUUACU